AUCAGGCCAUGUGCUUUUUGGCGAGCUCGCGAUGUAAACAAGCGAAACUUGUUUUGAUCGCCCGUCUUUCGCUUAGCCGCGGACAUGGUAUCGGCCCUUCGGCGAAAGAUUGCUGAACAGAUGUGCCAGUCGGCAACUCGUCUGGCGCGGUGUCGCGAUGCUGCCGAAUUCUCCGCCCAUCGUUUCCUUCCUCUCGUAAAGUUGAAACUCGACAAAAGCUGCAGCGUGCCGUUCCUGGUCGUCUCUGAAUCGGAGCUUGGUGGGGCGCUUGGCAUCGGUUCCGAUGAGUUUAGAGGACCACUUAAAACAGAUUUGGAAAAUGUGCUGUCGCAGGCGAUGGUGCUCGAGGCAGGUGAGCUGGCCGUGCCCAUUGACCGUGCCAGAUUUCUCCAGGAAUCUCUACGAUCAGCUGGCUGUGCACCAUGCCUUGUGCCUUCACAGCGCUUUGUGGUGGACUUCAGCUCACCCAAUAUGGCCAAGCCAUUCCAUGUUGGCCACCUGCGCUCCACAGUACUGGGCCACAGCCUUUGCAACCUGCUGAGCUUUGCUGGGCACCAUGUCACUCGGCUCAACUACCUGGGAGAUUGGGGCACCCAGUGCGGUCUUCUGAUAGCUGGUUUCAACAAAUAUGGCAGUAACAAGGAGCUCACUAAGGAUCCCCUUAAACACCUCCUUUCAGUCUAUGUGGCUGCCAACGCAGAAGCUGAGAAGAACCCUUCGUUUCAUGCUGAGGCUCUUCGGAAUUUUGCUCACCUUGAAGCUGGUCAGCAGGAGGCACUUGACCAGUGGCAACAGUGGCGGCAAUUAAGCUUGGAUGGCUAUGGCCAGCAGUACAAGCGCUUGGGCAUAUCCUUUGAUGUGCUGGAUGCAGAAUCCAGGCACAGUCAUGCUGCCCUUGACCUAUUGGAGCGACUACGCGCGGAGGGAAGGCUCACUUCUCGAAGGGAUGGUGUCUUGGGCAUCGAAUGUCAGGAGUUCGUCCCACUGGCGAAGAGCUCCGGUGCCAGCCUUUAUCUGACUAGGGAUGUCGUGGCUGCCUUGGAGCGGAAAGAGAAGUACGACUUCGACUGGGCCUACUACGUAGUGGAUCGUUCACAGGCAGAACACUUUCGACGGCUGGCGCUGGUGUUGGAGCAACUCGGUGUGGGUUGGUCAGACCGAGUGCAGCAUUUGCCUUUCGGGCGCAUCCGGGGCGUCAGCAGCCGCAAAGGCAUUGGCGAGGGAAUGUUGCUGGAUGACUUGUUGAACGAAUCUGUGCAUCGUGCCCGCCAGUCCAUGGAUCAGGCACCCACGACGCGGGUGAAGGAGGAGAUGAAUGCCCAGUUUGUGGCGGAACAGCUAGGGCUGGCAGCCGUGGUAGUGAAUUUUCUUCGUGGUCGGCGAAACCGGGACAUCACUUUCGACUGGCAUCAGGCGCUGCACGCAGCUGGUGACUCAGGUGUUUCACUGCAGUAUGCACAUGCCAGGCUAUGUAGCCUUGAGGAGAAGGCUGGGCUGCCAGUAGAAGCAGAAGCUGCAGUGGAUCUCCUGCAAGAAUCUUGUGCACUCGCUCUGGCUGUCCAGGUAGCCAGAUUUGAAGAGGUGGUGUGCAGUGCAGUUGACCAGCUGGAGCCCUGCAUUGUGGCACAAUACUUGUUCGCUCUUAGUCAUGCCAUUGGCCGAGCCACCAAGGAGCUUCCUGUCAAGAGCCAAGGACUGUUCAAAGCACAGGCAAGGCUUCUACUUUUCCAUGCUGCAAGAGUGACACUUGCACAAGGGAUGCGGCUCCUAGGUGUCGAGCCCCUGACAGCAAUGUAGAUAGUUAUUAAAGUCAAGAUGUUCAACUCAUG